ACACGUCCGGUCGCACGGCUGUUCGUCUCGCUUUAUUUUACAUAAAUGUUAAUGCCGCUCACUCUUUUGCUCGAAAUGGCACGGCUAACUGCCCUACAUUAACAGAAAUGUUAAUGUUAUACUCAAAAUACCACUGGAAUGUUAAUAAGCUAUCGAUAUUCGAUCAGUGAAACAGUGCUGUCACACGCAGCAUACAAUAAAUAGUAUCGGACAACACUUGUUGCUGUGACGUCACACACACAAGCGCAGUUACGUCAAUGUAGCAAUAUGCCCAGCAAUCUGUCAAACAACCCACCACCAGCAUAACUACAACAACAACAGCCCACUGACAUUUUGUCAAUAGGUCCAUACAUACAUUUCUCAUUUUUUCACACUUGCACGAAUCGAAAAAAGAUACAAAUUUUGUUUUGCUUUUGCUGUUUUUUUACCGCCCAAUUUCGUGGGCCCAAUUUUUGAAGUUGUUUUUGAAUGAUGCUUCAUCAACCGCCGCCGAUGCCGCCGACACACAGCAUCAAAUUAAUGUCCGGAGCGGAAGAGAAUCGCCAUUACCUGCGUGCCUUCAUCCACACAUAUCGCGACAUGCCCGUGCUGUGGGACACUUCGCUGCGCGACUAUACGAACCGGGAGAAGCGAGCUGAGGCCUAUCAGCGACUGGUGCCCAUCUAUCACUACCUCAAGCGGGAUGCGACUGUCGAGGAUGUGAAGAAGAAGAUCAACACACUGCGCACCAAUUAUCGCAAGGAGCUCAAAGUGGUGGAGACCGCGAUGCGUACGGGCACCAUGCAUACACCUCGUUGCUGGACAUUUCAAGAGUUGGACUUUCUGAGGAAUACCGAAAAGUUUCUGGCCGUGAAUCCCACGUUCAAGAACGAACCAUCCUUCACGUUUAACGAGAACUCCAGCUCGUCGGCGGCCUUUAUGGAGCAGCAUGCCAGCAGCUCGUAUCCAUAUCGCAGUGUGUCGGGACAAACGCCUAACAUAACGGAAAUGUUCCACAAAUCGUUUGGGCAUGUGCAAAAGGUGGAUCCGCUGCCGCCGCCGCCACCUCCUCCGACAGGUGUAAUGCACCAGCCGCAACACUCGCAGGCGGACUACACGAAUGGGGCGAAGCGGGCGAGACAAACACCGCCAUGCAACAACAGCAGCAACAACGGCAGCAGCAGCAGCAACAACAACGUCGUCACCAAUGCACCCGCCACGAGUACAGUGAGCACUCACAACACGGACGAACUGCUCAACAUUGCGUGCGAGUAUCUCGCUGGCACCUAUCCCGAGGAGGAGUCCAUUUCACGCACCUGGACGCACAAACUGAAACGUUUGCCGCGCGAACAACGACUGCUCGCGGAGCGCUUCAUCAACGAGAUCCUCUUCGAGGCGGAGUCAAAUAAUUUGCAUCGCGGCUCGGUGCAGAUCAACAACAGCUUUGAGCCGUAUGUGCGCUUCGAGGAGCCACCGGCGUGUCACGAGGAGCAGGAUAAGUCACAAAGUCCCAGUGUGCACACCUCAUCGGAGUCGACACCAAAGCCCAGCGCCGGCGCAUCCAAUAAUCCGCUCAAUGAGCCACCAAAUGCGGCGGGCAUUCGGGAUUUCUAAAUUCGAAAAUCGAAGCUUAGCGAUUAAGUGUUAUUUGGUUUUUAUUGACUGCAGACAUGGCACACUCAAGAUACAGCUACAAGUUAAACAUUUAUUUGUAAAUAUAUAUGGAGAUAUAUAUAUAUAUA